AUGUCUUCUACUCCACUCACCGCAAAAUCAAACCUAAACGCAACGACUCGAUCCGCUUCGUUAAACAUUCCCCAAUCCACCACUUCAAAUCACGACCACGAUCUCCGGUACAGUCUCUCCGCCGGUCCUCGUACGAACGAAGAUCGGUCACCGUCGGGACACGGAGUCGCCGGAAUCCUCUAUAAAUGGAUAAAUUACGGUCAAGGUUGGAAACGAAGGUGGUUUGUUCUUCAGGACGGAGUUUUGUCUUAUUACAGAAUCCAUGGUCCUGAUAAAAUCUCUUUGUCCGUUGAGAUGGAUCGGAGAUCUAAACUGAUCGGCGGCGAAUCUUUACGGUUUAUUUGUCGACAUAGCAAACGCGGUGAUGUUCAUAGUCCCGGAAAACCGCUCGGACAAAUUCAUCUCAAGGUUUCAUCGAUUGGACAAAGCAUAUCAGACGGAAAGAGAUUCACUAUAUUUACCGGUACUAAGAGUCUGCAAUUACGAGCAGCAACAAGCGAGGAUCGUACCGCUUGGAUCGAAGCAUUGCAAGCUGUGAAAGAAACGUUUCCAAGAAUGUCAAACGAAGAGCUAAUGGCAACAACGACUAAUGUCUCGGUUUCGACCGAUAAGCUAAGACAAAGAUUAAUGAAAGAAGAAGUUGAUGAGACAAUCAUCAAAGAUUGCGAAGACAUAAUGAGGAACAAUUUCAUUGCAUUGCAUAAUGAAGUCAUGACGCUCAAACAAUAUCAAUAUCAUAUCGUAGAUUCUCUCAAGAAUGUUAAUAAAAAAACUAAGACUUAG